CCCUGGUCGCCGGGUCCUGGUCCCCGGGCCCUGGUCCCCGGGCCCAGUGAUGGAGUGAGGGUUGUUAGUGGUGUCUGGCAACAGUGUUAGUCAGUCAUGACACUGGAGGAGGAAGACAGUACCUGGUUACUGGCACUGGAGUCAGCAUUGCACGAGGGUGUUGAUGACCACGAACUCAUAGGCAUCACCCGGGGCAGAGUUCUUCCUGAGGAACACCGAGCACAGAUAUGGUACAUCUGCCUUGGAGGAGGAAACAAGUUCAGCAACUUUACGCAGUUCGAUGAAAUUUUUGACUUACAGGAGCAGAGUGUUGUGAGAGGUGACUGCAAAACUCUUGUUGACAAGUUGGGAAAUGAAGAAGAAGACAAAGUGUCGGUGGUGUGUGAUGUUGAGUCCAUCUUCACUCACUACUGCAAGACUCGACACCUCAAGUAUGAGUCAUCGCUGAUGUGGGCAGACAUUGUCUUGCCUCUGCUGGCUGCUAAAAUGCCCAGAGAUCACAUUUACAUCUGCUUUGAGGAAGUUCUGGAAAAAUACAUACCCAGGGAGUCUGGUAUUGGUGGAGCUGUGUACCACUUGCUGCGGUUACUGCUGCUCUACCAUGACCCGGAGCUCUCCACCUUCCUCGACUCCCGCAAAAUAACACCUGACCUCUAUGCCACAUCAUGGUUGCGGAGUUUAUUCUCAGCGGUGUGUAGCCUGGACGCUACGAUGGCAGUGUGGGAUAUAUACUUCCAAGAGCGAGACCCAUUCUUUGUCCUCUUUCUUUCUCUGGUGAUACUAGUUAAUGCAAGAGAGCAGAUCCUGGAGAUGAAGAGUGAGAGUGGUGAAGACAUCAUCAAGACUCUGAGCAGCAUCCCGGCCGGCCUCAGUGUUGAUGAUGUCUCUGACUUCUGUUCCCUUGCCAGAUAUUACAUCAUCAAGACUCCUUCCACAUUUAGAAAGGACUUUGCCACUGUAAUCUUUGGUUCAGUGUACAUGGGUCAUGGUGAGGUGUGCAAUAGAGUGGGUGACCUGCCAUUAUCACAGGCACUGUGUCUGCCAGUCUCUGCAGAGGAGAUAAUUGAUGCCUGUGACAUGCUUCACACAACUCCUGAAGACAUUGAGCAGGUUGGGUUUUUCUUGAUAGACUGUCGACCGAGUGACCAGUACAAUGCAGGUCACCUGCCUAAUGCCUUCCAUCUUGACUCCAGCUUGGUAUCAGAAACCACAAAUUAUCCAGCAAUUUUUUAUGAAUAUAAUACUGGUGCUAAAAAUAAUAAUGUCAAUUUUUCAGCCAUUCAUGAUCUGCUAGUACACAACAUUAAUGAGAGUCUUGCUGAUCAUGACUCCAAGCAGUGCCUGGUGUGUGCUCCUGACACUCACUCACAUUGUUCUGAACCUGCUGACCACGAUGACUUCACAGCUGUACCCAAGCCACAACCCUCGUUCAUGAACAGAUUUUCUUCAUUGUCUUCCGUCUUCAAAAUGAGAUCUGUUGAGAUGAAGGAAAAGUUGGUAGAGUACAUCACCAACCCUAAUGGUGAGGGCUUAACCAUCGACCGUCAUGUUAGUGCACAAGAUCGUGGAAAGCUCUACCGUAACCAGGGUGAUGUCUUCAGCAUUGAAGAUGACGAUGGUGAAAAUAACCGAGGGCUGGAGCGAUUGGGGGUGUUGAAGAUAUCUCAGUGGCUGAAGAAACCUGAUGUAGUCUCAUCAUUUUCAUGUCACCAAGUUAAGGAAAAUGGCUACAUGUAUAAGUGCCAUCUGGUGUUGAUGGAAACGGCACUGUGUGUUCUCCGGGAGUGUGAAGGGCAGGAGGGUGAGGGUCAGAUGACAGCACGGAGAACACUGGCCUCCAUCGUCAAGAUCACGUCCAAGAAGCGACAUCCCGACCUCAUCACCUUCAAGUAUGGCACAACCACUCAUGAGGGAGAAGUUACCAUCUCAGACAUGGAUAGGUUCCUCAUACCAAAGGCUGGUGAAGCUACAAAAGUUAUCAAGGAGCAGAUCAUGAAGCAGAUGGAAGCUACCAAGACCUAGUUGAUUGCCAGUGUAGACUGACACUAUCUGAGGUGUGUGUGCGGCGGCGAGCGACUCAACCGCAAGUCUCAGCAGAGAGUGAUGCUGUCCAAAUAGAUGUGUGUGUGUGUGUGUGUGUGUGUGUGUGUGUGUGUGUGUGUGUGUGUUGUGUGUGUGU